AUGUGUGGGGGGGUGGAGUUUCAUCCCCCCCACCCCACCCAUUUCCGCAAACUGAGAAUAAAUGUCAUUUUUCUAAGAGAACGAAAAAGUUGUGUACCUCUCCCCACGAUUGCCCCGCGCCCCCCCCCUCGCACCAUUCACCCCACCCCCCCCACGGGGGGGGGGGGGGGGGGGGGGGGGGGGGGGGGGGGGGGGGGGGGGGGGGGGGACUGGACAGCGCCCGGGGUUGGUGAUUACCCUCCGGAACCCCCCGGCUCCUUUGUCCCGGUGGCCCCCCUUAGCAGCCCCUACGGCCCCCACCUUGCCCCAACGCUACUCUGUCUCUUUCCCACACACAACCCACAUACCGCCUACAUUCCCGCCCUCCACGCCACCCCAGCCCCGGCCCCUCCUAACUCCGCCCCCUCCCACCAUCCCCCCGUCCUCCCGCCCCCUCUCCCACGCCCCCAUCACCUACUUGCCCCGCCCACGUAUCGCCUCCCCGUAUACACUACCUACCGACACAGUCCCCCCAUACGGCUCCUUGCCGUAAUGCGACUACUCGCCCUGACCGAACGACACCGCCAAGUAUCCCGGAUGAACCCCACGUUUACCCGUCCUCCAGCACACAACUAA